AUGGAGAGUCUCAUUGAAAUCGUGGAGCCAGACACGGAGGCAAUAUUUCAGUUUGUUAUAAAGGGCGAUUUGGAAUCCAUUGCAAAAUGUUCACCGUCCGAGUUGAAGAAGUGCACUGACAAAAAUGGUUCCACCUUGUUGCAUUAUGCUGCCGGAAAUGGGAACCUGGAGAUAUGCAAGUAUCUCCUACAAGAAUGCGAAUUUAAAGUAGAAGAGUCAAGUCAAAAGACUGGAAGGGCUGCUCUACAUUGGGCUGCUCGGAAUGGUCACGCUUCUAUCUGCCAGACUCUAGUAGAUGAAUUUGGAGCAAGGGUGGAUUCCUUGGCCAGAGGUCAAGUGACACCAUUGCAGCUGGCCAUUUGGCAAUGCCAUCUAUCUACCGCCAAGUGUUUGGUGGAAAAAUUGGGUGCCAAUCCUCAUUUUCCCAACUCCUGGGGAUGUGGAAUUGGCCAUUGGUUGGGAAAGUCACCGAUUUAUGAUGGUUCUCAAGGUUCCAAGAUCCAACUGCGGGAAGCUUGUGACUGGUUGUUUGGACAUUGCGGAGUAGAAUAUAAUCUUCCCAAUAAUUAUGGACAGUGUCCUUUGCACAAGGCUGCCUACGCAGGUAACCUAAUUGUCGCACAGUAUCUCGUGGAGACUUACGGCAUAGUCGACUCGGUGCGGGAUUUCAAUGGGAAUUCGGCAGCUGACUGUGCCGAACGAAGUCAACAACACGAGGUGGCUUGUUGGCUACGGCGGUUCGCCUCUCCGCCGUUUCACAAUGCCAUUGCGUGUCUGGGUUUUGCGGCCGGAGAAAGGCCUAGUAUAUGGGAAAUUCGAAGAUCCUACCUGGACCUCGCCAAGAAGCAUCAUCCUGACAAGGUUUCGUCGUCAUGUGACGGCAGCCACAAUGAAAGUGCAAUUGCAAGAUGGAAUGAAAUACAACAGUCGUUUCGUCUCUUGGCAAGCUGGUGGCAAGAUCCUCCUGACGUCUUUGACCUGCACAUUCGGAUGGCCUGUCGAAAUGCCAAGCUUUUGGAGUACGAAAAGCUUUGUUGGAUUCCAAGCUGGCACAAAGAACAAAAGCGACAAGAAGAGCGUCUGAACAGCAGUCAUAACAACAACAAUCCAUCAGAGAACCCGACUUCCCAAGGAAUACGAAAAGAAUUGGCAUGUUCCGAUACCGAAACCAAGAGAGUUUGGUUGUCGCAAGUUGAGUUAUUUACUGGAGACGAAAUGCCCUCGCAUUCAAGUCGAAAAGGCGGAUGGGUUACAGGAACCAGUUGUGCGCGUUGCAAAGAUGAUUGGAGUUCAAAGUGA